CUCUCUCUCUCUCUCUCUCUCUCUCUCUCUCUCUCUCUCUCUCUCUCUCUCUCUCUCUCUCUCUCUCUCUCUCUCUCUCUCACACACACACACACACACACCGAGAAAGAGAGAGGGGCUGUGGUCGGUUUGAACAUCGCUCCUCGCCAUAGGUAAUGUAUGGGAAUAAGAGCAUGAAAUUGGACACAGAGACGCGCUCUCGGAGCUCCGCCCCUAAAUAACAUCAUCAGCAUCAUCAUAGUCGGAAAGAAAUUACUGGAGGGCACGAGAGAGGACGCACGCGGACUGUCAACCUGCUGUAUGCGUCGCGCCGAACCGUCGCGUUCAUCCAUCACCUCUGAAUGCUAAUAUGAGGAAGCCUCUGGUGUGCUGAAGGACAUCUGGAUUUCACAGAUUUAUUGUACAAGUAGCAUUCUCAGCAUGCGCUAAGCCCAACCGUAGCGUAACAAGAGAGCACAUGAGUGUUGAAACAGAGAGAAUGGCCAUGGCCUCCGACGUGCAGCACAGUCAGAUUGUCUGUGCCCGCCAGCGCUUAUGGAGAAAACUCAGGCCUGCGCGGGUGAUCAGCCUCCUCAUCAGUCUCGUAGCAAUAAGUGCAGUGGCCUUCUCGUGGCGCUCUACUGCUCAGUGGGAGGGGAUUCAGAGCCACGCCCCACACAGAACACUGCUAUCCACACACCUGGGUUACCACAGUAACCUUUCGGAGGACACGCCCAUAGCCAUGCGCUCGUCCGCAGAGUCAAACGAGAGUCAAGGGGACUAUCCGAAUGACCUGUUCAGCCUGGAGGACCGUCGGCGUGGCGCUGUCGUGUUACACAUGUUCGGCAUGAUCUACAUGUUCAUUGCCCUCGCCAUCGUUUGCGACGAGUUUUUUGUCCCCGCGCUCACGGUCAUCACAGAGAAACUCACGAUCUCAGAUGACGUGGCGGGUGCCACCUUCAUGGCGGCCGGGGGCUCGGCUCCUGAGCUCUUCACCUCCGUCAUCGGCGUAUUCAUUUCCCACAGUAACGUGGGCAUCGGAACCAUUGUCGGCUCCGCUGUGUUCAACAUCUUGUUCGUCAUUGGAAUGUGUGCUGUAUUCUCGAAGGAGAUCCUGAACCUGACGUGGUGGCCUCUUUUCAGGGACGUCACCUUCUACAUCAUCGGCCUCAUUAUGCUCAUAGUUUUCUUCCUGGAUAACUACAUCACGUACUUGGAGAGUAUCAGCAUGCUGCUUGUCUACGCCACCUAUGUGCUCUUCAUGAAGUUCAAUGGGACGGUAGAGACUCUUGUCAAGAGCAUCACGAACAGAAACCAGGUGGUGGAAGUGGAGGCUCAGCCAAAGUUGAGCCCUAGUGAAGUGGAGGAUGACAGCAAACUGUCGGCCAAGCCAAGGCUGCAGAGAGGAGGAAGCUCAGCCUCUUUACACAACAGCCUAAUGAGGAACAGCAUCUUUCAGCUGAUGAUCCACACACUUGACCCUCUCAGUGAAGAAUUUGCUGACUCUGAGCUGGGGACUUAUGGCAAGCUAAAAUAUUAUCACUCAAUGACCGAGGAAGGAAAAUUUCGUGAGAAGGCGUCCAUCCUUCACAAAAUUGCCAAAAAGAAAUGCCAAGUGGAGGACUCAAAUGGAGUUGCUGAUAAAAAUCUGCCAAACAGCUCCAGCGUCGAGGUGGACGUGACUCCACCCAUGAAUGGCAGCGCUGGACAGGAUGGCGAUGCAGGUGAAGAAGAUGAUGAGGAUGAUCAGCCUCUUAGCCUGUCAUGGCCAGAGACCGGCCGCAAGCGUUUCACGUAUCUCUUAAUCCUUCCCAUAGUGUUCCCUUUGUGGAUAACUCUGCCAGACGUCAGGAAGUCUAGUUCAAAGAAGUUUUUUCCAGUGACAUUUCUGGGGGCGAUUUGCUGGAUCGCAGCAUUCUCCUACUUGAUGGUCUGGUGGGCUCAUCAGGUUGGAGAGACUAUAGGAAUCACAGAGGAGAUCAUGGGCCUGACAAUUCUAGCGGCUGGAACCUCCAUCCCUGACCUUAUUACCAGUGUCAUUGUGGCCCGCAAGGGUCUGGGCGACAUGGCUGUGUCCAGUUCUGUGGGCUCUAAUAUAUUCGACAUUACUGUGGGGUUACCGUUCCCAUGGCUUCUGUUCUCCCUUUUAAACAAUAUGAGCCCAGUAAGGGUGAGUAGUAACGGCCUGUUCUGUGCCAUCGUGCUACUCUUCCUCAUGCUCAUCUUCGUCAUCAUCUCCAUUGCCGCCUGUAAGUGGAAAAUGAGCAAACUGCUGGGCUUCAUCAUGUUCCUGCUCUAUAUCGUCUUCCUGGUGGUCAGCGUCCUGUUGGAGGACAAGGUCAUCGCCUGUCCUAUCUCUAUCUAACGUCUGUUCUCAUUUACACACACACACAAGCACACACAUGCACGCAC